UGACCUUUUGGAAGUUCAAUCUAUACUGCCAAAACGUCUUAUAUUUAUGAACAGAGGUAGUAUUUAUUUUGAUUUACUCUGUUGCACGAACAUGUUGAUUCUGAGCAGAAAAUCGAGCCGUUGCCACUCUCACUUACUUUUCUCCCGUCAGACGGCGGAGCCGAGCAUGUCCCGCGCCUUUCCUCGCCGGCGCCGGCGGCUUCUCCCCCGUCCCCCGCUCCACACCGUCUUUUCCCGCCUCCAUGGCGCCCUGGCGAACCGUGCCGACCAGUAUCCACGAGCCCCCGCCCGCCGCGACCUCCGCACUGCCGAUGACCAGGCCCGCGCGGCGCUCGACGAAAGGCCGCGCCGGGACGCCGUCGCCUACGCCGCCACGGUCGACCUCCACCCGAGGUCCGGCGACCUCCCGCGCGCGGAGGCGCUCUUCCGCGCGGCGCCCGCGUCCGCCCGCGGUCCCCACCCUGACACCCUGAUGCUCGACUGGUACGCCAAGGCAGGGAUGCUGAGGGAGGCAAGAGAGGUGUUCGACCGGAUGCCGGAGAGGAACGUGGUCAUCUGGACGAGGAACCCGUAUUCUCGGAGCGCCAUGAUCUCCGGUUUCCUCCGUGCUGGGAAAGUGGACGAGGCGGUUCGGCUGUUCGAGAGGAUGCCGGAUAGGAACGUGGUUUCUUGGACCACAAUGGUCACUGGCUUGGCGCAGAACGGGAUGCUGAGGGAGGCAAGGGAGGUGUUCGACCGGAUGCCGGAGAGGAAUGUGGUCAUCUGGACGGUCAUGGUGAAGGCCUACACCGACCACGGUCAUCUUCAGGAGGUCGUGGAGCUGUUCGACAGGAUGCCCCAGAGGAACCCGUAUUCUUGGAGCGCCAUGAUCUCCGGUUUCCUCCGUGCUGGGAAAGUGGACGAGGCGGUUCGGCUGUUCGAGAGGAUGCCGGAUAGGAACGUGGUUUCUUGGACCACAAUGGUCACUGGCUUGGCACAGAACGGCCGCGUUUCGAUGGCGAGAGAGUUCUUCGACAGAAUGCCCAGAAACAAGGACAUUGCAGCGUGGAAUGCGAUGAUCACUGCUUAUGCCAACGCUGGCCAGAUGAACAAGGCUCAGAGAUUGUUCGAUUCUAUGCCCGCAAAGGACCUGGUGAGCUGGAGUGCCAUAAUCCAUGGCUAUGCCAAAAACAAGCACAAGGGCAAAGUCAUGCGUUUAUUUCUUCUCAUGCUCCGGUCAGCAGUAUCCCCUGACGGAACUACAUUGAUCAGUGUCUUGGUUGCAUCCGAGAGCACAGUUGAAGUUGGGCAAAUCCAUGGCUUCGCUACCACACGAGGUCUCCUGUCAGACACCUCCUUAGGAAACGCUCUGCUCACCAUGUAUUCAAGGAGCGGUGACCUGCACUCUGCCUGGCAAGUUUUCAACAUGUUACAAGAGAAGGAUCCCGUCACAUGGACAUCGAUGAUGCGGGCCUUCGCCAACCAUGGCCGUGCCUCCUACGCGCUACAGGCCUGUGCUCAGAUGUUGCAACAUGGAUACAAGCCCAGCUCGACCACCUUCACCGCCGCGUUAUCAGCCUGCAGCCACGCCAGUGUCGUCGACAAAGGCCGUGCCUCCAGGGCGCAUUGCCGCGUAAGCGUCCAAGGUGGGAUGUGGGAGGAGAUGGCAGGGGCGUAUAAGGCCAUGAAGGGGAGCCAGGUGUGGAGGACACCCGGGGUUAGCCAGAUAAUGGUGGAUGCAAAGGACCCGCAUGUUCUUCUCAAGGAUCAGAUGCAUCCGCGGUGGGAAGCGAUGUACGAGAUGCUGGACGACACGCUUGUCCCCCAGAUGAUGAAGUAG